AAAGUUUCCAACAUACCAAUCACAUCUCCUUCUUUUGGGUCGUCUUCUACUUCAGCCCCGCACUACAACUAUAAAUACGACGUGUUUAUAAGCUUCAGAGGCGAGGACACUCGCCAUAGCUUCGCCGCCCAUUUACACAGAGAUCUAAUUGGAAAUGGGAUCUCCGUCUUCAAGGACCAUGAAGAGCUUCAUAGGGGAAAAGAGAUAUCUCCAGGACUCCUCCAAGCAAUCGAGGACUCGAGGUUGUCCAUCGUCAUUUUCUCAAACAAGUAUGCUACUUCAAGUUGGUGUUUGGAUGAACUUGUACACAUCCUUGAAUGCAGUAGAAACCCGGAAAAUCCAUUAUUCCAAUCUUCUAUGACGUCGAUCCGACCGUCGUUCGACAUCAAUCAGGCACUUAUGCAGCAGCCUUUGCUGAACUCGGAAAGAAGUACCGGGCAGAGAAUGUUAAAAUGUUCUGACUUUUGUAUUGUGGACUUAGAACUCACCCUUUUGGAUUUUCAAUUGCCCAGUUGCAGUUUGGUUGAAUUUGAUAUUUUUGAGGAAGGGAAGCGUGAGAAAAAAUUUAUUACGGACAUUGUUGGUAAGAUAACUCGCAAAUUGAAUAAGAGGGCAACGAUUAUUCGUAAAAGGGAGCUGGUUGGAAUAGAUUCUCGAGUGCAGGAAUUCUUAUCCAUUUUGGAUACAAGUGUGAAGGAUGUUCACAUUAUAGGGAUAUGGGGAAUGGCUGGAGUAGGCAAGAAAACUCUUGCCUAUUUCAUUUAUGAGAAGAUUUAUGAUCAAUAUGAGGCUUGCUGCUUUCUUGCCAAUGUAACAGAAUCUUCUGAAAAAGGUUACUUGGUUUAUCUACAGGAAAAACUACUUGCUGGUCUAGAGGGAGAACCAAUACUCGUAAAUGAUCUACAGCAUGGAAUUGAACAGAUUAGGCAGCAUUUUUGUAAUGUAAAGUGUCUUAUUGUCUUAAAUGGUGUAAAUAAGUUAGAGCAAUUAGAUGCCUUGGUUGGAGAAGCUAAUUGGUUUGGACUUGGGAGUAGAAUUAUCAUAACAACUAGAGAUGCACAUUUGCUCAACUCAAAGGGAGUGAACAAAAUCUACACGUGUAAAGGAUUGAAUCCGGCUGAAGCUAUGGAGCUCUUUGCUUAAAUGCUUUUAAACAAA